UAUAAUGGGAAUAAUGGUGUAAUAGAGGAAUUUGACUCUCUUUUCCCAAAUCGAAGCCGCCUGCUGCAAUCCAAGGCGUACAUCUUGCCGCCGAUCCCAAUCCCAAUCCAUCUGGGAUUUUAAACAUGUCUUCAUCUUAUCUCCCUGCAACAACUGAAUCACUCGAUCAGGCUCUGGAAGCCAAAACACCAUCUGAGACAAUUGCUAUCCUUUAUCGCAUACUAGAGAACCCCUCAUCUUCUUCCGAAGCUUUGCGUAUUAAAGAAAAGGCCAUCUCUAAUCUCACAGAUACGCUUAGAGAAGAUAACAGAGCAGAAGAACUCAGGAGCCUCUUGACCCAACUGAGGCCGUUCUUUUCUGUUAUUCCAAAGGCAAAAACUGCUAAAAUAGUACGCGGUAUAAUUGAUGCAGUAGCUAAAAUACCCGGUACCUCUGACCUACAAAUUUCCCUCUGCAAGGAAAUGGUGCAAUGGACUCGAUCGGAGAAACGGACAUUCCUUCGACAGCGUGUCGAGGCUAGACUUGCCGCUCUUUUGAUGGAAAGCAAAGAGUUCUCAGAAGCAUUGUCUUUACUUUCUGGACUAAUCAAGGAAGUGAGAAGAUUAGACGAUAAGCUUCUACUAGUGGACAUAGAAUUGCUGGAAAGCAAACUCCAUUUCUCGCUGAGGAACCUUCCCAAAGCCAAAGCAGCACUUACUGCUGCGAGAACUGCCGCCAAUGCUAUUUACGUCCCUCCAGAUCAGCAAGGUACAAUCGAUCUUCAAAGUGGCAUUCUUCAUGCUGAAGAGAAGGACUAUAAGACUGCCUACAGUUAUUUCUUCGAAGCAUUCGAGGCUUUCAACGCCCUCGAAGACCCACGAGCAAUUUACAGUCUCAAGUAUAUGCUGCUGUGCAAAAUCAUGGUGAAUCAGGCUGAUGACGUGGCUGGAAUAUUAUCGUCAGCUAAAGUGGGCUUGCAAUAUCAAGGGCCUGAAGUUGAUGCGAUGAAGGCUGUUGCUAAUGCCUAUUCGCAACGCUCUUUGAAGCUUUUCGAGACUGCGCUAAGAGAUUUUAAGGCACAGCUUGAGGAAGAUCCUAUUGUUCACAGGCAUCUGUCUUCUCUGUAUGAUACUCUUCUGGAGCAGAAUCUGUGUAGGCUGAUUGAACCAUUCUCGAGAGUUGAAAUUGAUCACAUUGCUGAUUUGAUUGAACUACCUAAGGAUCAUGUGGAGAAGAAAAUGUCACAGAUGAUCCUUGAUAAGAAGUUUGCCGGGACUUUGGAUCAAGGUGCUGGGUGCCUUGUUAUCUUUGAGGAUCCUAAGACGGACGCAAUCUAUCCAGCUUCGUUAGACACAAUUGGUAACAUCGGUAAGGUUGUCGACAGUUUGUAUGUCAGAUCUGCAAAAAUAAUGGCAUGAUGCGUUUCUUUGUUUCUUUCUUUUUUUUCUUUCAAUUCUCUCUACAUGUUUCCGGUUUUGUUAGACUUGAGGCAUUGAUACUGAUUUAGAGUCUGAUGUUGAACUUUAUAUUUCCUGGAUUCUAGGGUUUUUCGAGAAUCUUACAUUGUAUGUCCUUUAUUGGGUUUUGGAGAUGGAUGGAUUUGCUGUUAGAAUAUGUUUAAUUUUCUUUUGUACUA